UUUGCCUGGUCUCUGAGUUUGCUGCUGAUACUGAUAACGACAAUCGUAGGGCUAUACUGCUGGAGGAGAAUCUAUUUGAAAAAACUCCGUGAUAAAGCGGCCCAGUUGUUGUUCCAAAGCCAUGAUCCUUCGCAGCUACGUUUCCGCAAGCGGGACAAAAUGUUGUUCUAUGGCCGGCGGAUGCUCCGAAAGAUGAAAUCCAUCUCCGGCCAAGCCUACAGCGGUCAGGGAAGAAAACGAAAGGCCGUCAUGCGUUUUGCCAAACGGUUGCUCAUGCGUCGGGAUAAUGAUCCGAUUCAGCUGCAGGUGGUUGAGCCACCGGCUGAGUACUUGGAAGAGGCCGCAGAAGGCAACGACAAGGUUCCGCCGGAUGCGCUGUACAUGCUGCAAAGCAUUCGAAUCUUUGGCCAUUUCGAGAAGCCCGUCUUUUUGAAGAUAUGUAGGCAUACGGAAAUUAUUAAUUUGAUAGCUGGCGAAUCGUUGAUAAAGGUUGGCGAUCCGGACGACAGUGUGUUCAUUGUGCAAUCGGGACAGGUGAACGUGUUUCUGAAUAAUCCUGACGGCAGUUCAAUUGCGUUGAAAGUGGUUAGGAAGGGAGAAUCCGUUACGUCGCUUUUGAGUUUCAUCGAUGUGUUAGUGGGUAACACAAGUCAAUACAAAACUGUAACGGCUAGAGCCAUGGAAAACUCCCAAGUUAUACGCCUGCCUAUGUUCGCGUUCAAAGAAGUGUUUGACGAAAGUCCCGAUCUGUUGGUUCGAGUAAUACAGGUCAUAAUGAUCCGGUUGCAGCGUGUCACCAUAACAGCACUGCAUAACUAUUUGGGACUGAGCACUGAAUACAUUCAAUGUUCGUCGCAGCGAAAGAAAGUGGCCGUACCGAUAAAGAACAGUCCCGGCCACCGCCGAGUGCCGUCGGACGUGCAAGCUCCGUCUCAUUCGUUGGUUGGUCACACCGUGACCGGCGAAGCCCGUCCAGAUAUGCUAGCAGAUUUGUCCGAUCAUGUAGGGAGCCGGCGGGCAUCGGCGCUUCCGAGUGAGCCCAUGGAAGACACCGUAAUGAAAUCGAUUGCCAUCGAAGGAUUCCUGAAAGAGCUUGGCUUGAAGGAUGAAGAUCGUCCGGUCGUGGAGGACAACAUUGUGAUAAAGGAAAUCGCCCCGGGAACCACGUUGACGCAUCAGGGUAGAAGUGAUGACGUUCUGUUAAUCUUCGUUAUAAGUGGUGGCUUGACAAUAGCUCAAUAUCCGCAAAUAAACAUUGGAUGCAACAAGAAGCUGGAUAAAUCGGAAAACCAUACCGUCACGAUCCAUCCGGGCGAUGUGGUUGGUGGUUUGGCAGUGCUCACCGGAGAAAGCAGUUUGUACACUAUUAAGGCGAAGCACUAUUCUCGAGUGGGGUUACUUAGUAAGGAAAUUAUUUACAAUAUAAUGCGUGAAAGGCCGGCUGUCGUGUUGGAUAUUGCAGACUGCGUGGUGAAGCGUCUAUCUCCCCUAGUGCGCCAAUGUGAUUUUGCCUUGGAUUGGAACUUUUUAGAAUCUGGUCGUGCUGUAUAUCGGCAGGACGAAAACAGUGACUGCACUUAUAUCGUUCUCAACGGGCGUCUUCGUUCGGUUAUCACUCACUCGAAUGGUAAGAAAGAGAUCGUAGGAGAAUACGGCAAAGGAGACUUAAUCGGCAUCGUGGAGAUGAUCACGGAAACACCCCGCACCACCACCGUGAUGGCUGUCCGCGAUUCCGAGCUGGCCAAACUGCCGGAAGGUCUUUUCAAUGCAAUUAAGUUUAAGUAUCCGAUUGUGGUAACACAGCUGAUUAGUUUACUGAGCCAUAGAAUACUGGGAUCAAUGCAAGCUCGUCCAAUCACCGGAAGCUCCUUAACGGCGGUUCCAUUCGACACGACACAACAGAUUCAGCAUCGAUAUUCUACGGUCGCUAUUGUUCCCAUCAGUGAAGACGUUCCUUUGACCGCCUUCACCUACGAGUUGUACCACUCGUUAUGUGCCAUUGGGUCGACUUUGCGAUUGACUUCGGAUGUUGUUAGAAAGACUCUCGGUCCGCAAAUUAUGGAUCAAUCCAACGAAUACCGCUUGACCAGUUGGCUAGGCCAGCAGGAAGAUCGCCACAACAUUGCACUGUAUCAGUGCGAUCUAACGUUUGGCCCUUGGACUCAACGAUGCUUACGGCAGGCUGACGUAAUUGUAAUCGUAGGAUUAGGAGACAGACCACCCACAAUUGGAAAGCUAGAAAAAGAGAUCGAUAGACUCGCGAUACGUACUGCAAAAGAAUUAGUUCUGCUGCAUCACGAGGGAGCUGCACGACCAACAAACACAACCAGCUGGCUCAAUAUGCGAGCCUGGGUGUCUCGACAUCAUCACAUUCAGUGUCCGAAAAGACUGUUCACAAGGAGAAGUCAAUACCGAAUUAACGAUUUGUACAGUAAGGUGUUGAUGUCGGAGCCAAAUAUCCACUCGGACUUCUCCCGCCUGGCAAGGUGGCUUACCGGCAAUUCGGUUGGAUUGGUGUUGGGCGGUGGAGGAGCACGCGGAGCAGCCCACGUGGGUAUGUUCAAGGCCAUUCAGGAAGCUGGCAUUCCUAUCGAUAUGGUUGGCGGUGUGAGCAUUGGUGCGUUCAUGGGGGCGCUCUGGUGUUCGGAGAAAAACGUGACGACCGUUACGCAGAAGGCUCGAGAGUGGUGCAAGAAAAUGACCCAAUGGGGACGACAGCUGAUGGACUUGACCUACCCGAUCACGUCCAUGUUUUCCGGGCGAGACUUCAACCAAACCAUUCGGGGAACUUUCGGCGACGUGUGUAUCGAGGACCUCUGGAUACCGUACUUUACGCUUACCACCGACAUUUCGGCCAGCUGUGCACGUACUCACACCCAUGGAACACUGUGGCGUUAUGUACGUGCUAGUAUGUCCGUAGCAGGAAUAUUCCCACCUAUCUGUGAUUUAAGAGAUGGUCAUCUACUGUUAGAUGGUUGUUACACUAAUAACGUGCCAGCGGACGUUAUGCGAGCUCAAGGUGCUGCCCAUAUCAUUGCCAUUGACGUCGGGUCCCAGGACGACACGGAUCUGACCGAUUACGGAGAUGAUCUUUCCGGCUGGUGGCUUCUGUACAAACGUUGGAAUCCUUUCACAUCGCCAGUCAAGGUACCCAAUCUACCGGAUAUCCAAUCGCGUUUGGCUUACGUUUCGUGCGUCCGACAAUUAGAGGAAGUCAAAAAGAGUGACUAUUGCGAGUAUAUUCGACCACCAAUCGACCAGUACAAAACGCUAGCGUUCGGCAGUUUCGAUGAGAUCAAAAACGUUGGCUUCGAGCAUGGGAAAUCGUUCUUCGAAAACAUGGCCAAGUGCGGGCGGCUGUCGCGGUUCAACCAAUGGAGCGUCCGGGAUGUCCCGCAGAAAGUGACACAUUCGCUAAAUGAAUAUACGUUCAUCGAUUUAGCACAAAUAGUCUGCAAAGUGCCGGAAACCUACCCGGAGCGGGGAUAUUCGUCGAGCGAGGAUGAUUACUAUGACGGCUACGCCUCCGAACCGUCCACCAUGCCGAUGAUGAAGAAAAGUGCUUCGCUUAGAAUCAUGCGAGCGGCUGGAUCGCUGUCGCUAUCGGAGAACGAAAUGGACUCGGAUGAGCUGGAAAUACCGGUCGCCUUCAAGAAGCUGCAGAGCACUCCGACGCCAGAGAAAAUCUCCAGUCUACCACUGACGCCGGAAAAGUCAAAGCGUACCCCUUAGGAUCGACCACUCUUUUUUCCUUAGUCACUCCUCAAUUGAAGAGAAAAUGGAACUUAUAUCACCUUUUUGUGAUUUUUUAUACACCUAUUCCAAUCGAAUGUUUUUUCUAUACCAAAAAUUUCUGAUGUAGUACUUUAGUUUUAGGAUAAUGAGUUCAAAAUGUUCGUUUAUGUUUGUAGUUUCAGCGAUUUAUUCAUUGAGCUUUGUAUAUAAAUAAAAACUAUUUUCGAAAUGAA